AUGAUAGAACUAACACCGCUAUGGGAUGUUAUGAAAACAUUGUGGGAGUGCAAAUAUUUCGAACCUAUUUCUUAUGGAGAACUUUUCACAUAUACGACUGACUUAUAUAAACAGAACCUUGCACCAUUUAAAGAUUUGACAUAUGCUCCAAAGUAUUGUGUACAACUGAAGAAGAAAGCAGAGUCAAAAGAAGUAAAUAAAAAUAAGUGCAAGUUCAUUCCUGAGCAUGUUUUCUUUGCUGACUUUGAGUGUAGUACCGAUGGCUUUCAUAAAGCUUUUAACAUAUGUUACGACAAUGAAGAUGGUUCAGUGAGUGAAAGCAUUUGGGGUCAGAACUGUGCAACAGAAUUUUUGGAGCGACUUCCUGACAAGAGUUUAAUAUAUUUCCAUAACCUCAGUUAUGAUAUAAACUUCAUCUUAAGACACAUGACAGAAGUGAAAGGAACUCCCAUCAUUAAAGGUUCACGAACAAUGCAAAUAACUGGUUUAUAUAAAGGAAGGGCAAUUAUUAUAAAAGACUCUUACAGUGUUAUAAAUAAGAAGCUUAAACUAUUUCCUGCUAUGUUUAACUUACAAACAGGACCGAAAGAAGUAUUUCCAUACAACUACUACAGCAGUGUUUUGUUAGCAAAUGACAACAGAACUGGUGUCAUUUCUGAAGCAUGUAAGUUUAUCCAGGAUGCAAAUACAUUCAUGAAGAACAUAGAUUCCAUCAAAGGUUGCAGAAUAGAUGAAAACCACUUCGACUUAGAAAAAUAUAGCACAUUUUAUUGCAAACAAGAUGUAAGAAUUUUAAGAGAAGGUUUUGUAAAGUUCCGCAAUGACAUAUUGAAAGAAUUUGAUUUAAACGUUUAUGACUACGUUAGUAUUUGUUCUAUUGCUAACAAAUUGUUUGAGAACAGAGUGUACUUCCCGAAUGGAAAUCUUUAUGACCUCUCAAAUAAACCAAGAGAAUUUAUUUCGAGAUGCAUUCAAGGUGGAAGAUGUAUGCUGUCAGAUAACAUGAAACAAAAGAGCGAAAAGAAACUCAUUGCUGACUUCGAUGCUGUUUCAUUAUAUCCAUCAGCUAUAGCAAGAUUGUAUACUUUAGAAGGAAUUCCAAAAGUAUUGAAGGAUGAGAUGUUAAGCACAGAGUAUCUCAUGAGACAUUUAUUCGAUGACGACCAAAAGGAACCCAUUGGUGAAAAGUUUAUGUCUGGCUUCUUUGUUCUCAUUAAGAUAACAGAGAUUGGAAUACAUAGACACUUUCCUUUAAUAGUUUGUGACCCUGAACUAAAUCCAGAACUUAACGUUCCCAGAAGUUCAAACACUUGCUGUUUAAUGUAUGUUGACCAUAUAACAUUACAAGACCUCAUAAAAUAUCAAGGUGUCAAAUGUGAAGUGUUGCAAGGAUACUAUUACGAUGGAAACAGAGAUAUUAGAAUAAGAGAUGAAGUAAAGAAGUUGUUUGAGUUAAGGUUAAAGUAUAAGAAAGAAGGAAAUCCUUUGCAAGAAAAUAUAAAGCUCAUUCUGAACAGUAUUUAUGGCAAAACUAUUCUAUCUCCUAUUGAGUCAAAAAUAACCAUAGUAAAUGACAAAGAUGCUAUAAGAUAUGCCAUCAGAAACUACAACCAUAUAGUGAA